AUGACGGACAAGUGUCGCCGCGCGAAAGUCUACUUUCUGAACCGAGAUAAACAAUGGGAAGACCUGGGCAGCGGAAAUGUGUCUUCCACUUACGUGGAGCAGCUCCAGGGCGUGUGUCUGCUGGUUCAGUCAGAUUCCAGUGACGCGCUGAUCCUGGAGUCAAAGAUAAAUGCAAAUACGCCCUACCAGAGGCAACAGGAAACGCUGAUUGUUUGGUCUGAAGCCGAGAGCCACGGUAUGGCUUUAAGUUUCCAGGACACCAAAGGUUGUCAGGAGAUCUGGGAAGACAUUUGCCGAGUUCAAGGUAAAGAUCCGUCCGUCAGUAUCACACAAGACCUCAUAGAUGACUCGGACUAUGAAUUUGAUAACCUACUAGAAAGUAGUGAUGUGUUUGACUUGCCUAAGUGUGAACUGAGUAAACUCGAAGAGAUUUCUGACUUUAUUACCUCGGUUCUUGCUUUACCUAUUCAUAAGGAAAGACUGGCUCUGAUCUUAGAAAAUGGAAACUAUAUUAAAAAUUUGCUGCAGCUGUUCCACACUUGCGAAAACCUAGGGGACACUGCAGGCUUACGCUAUUUGCAUGAAAUUAUUAAAAGCAUCUUAUUCCUUAACAGGCCAUCUCUGUUUGAGAUCAUGUUUUCUGAUGAGUGUAUUAUGGAUGUGGUGGGAUGCCUUGAAUAUGACCCUGCUCUGGCUCAGCCGAAAAGGCAUAGGGAAUUCUUGACUCAAAAUGCAAAGUUCAAGGAAGUUGUACCAAUAACAGGCUGUGAACUUAGGCAAAAGAUACAUCAGACCUAUAGGGUACAGUACAUUCACGAUAUCCUUAUGCCGAUACCAUCCGUGUUUGAAGAGAAUCUUCUUUCUAGUCUUACAACUUUUAUUUUCCUCAACAAGAUGGAGAUAGUCCGCAUGCUGCAGGAAGAUGACAACUUUUUGUCUGAAGUUUUUGUGCAGCUCAGGAGCGAGACUAUAGAUGAUGAUAGACAGCGCGAGUUACUACUUUUCUUCAAGGAAUUCUGUGCAUUUUCACAGACAUUACAGCCUCCAAACAGGGAUGCCCUGUUAAAAACAUUGACACAUUUGGGGAUCCUUCCUGUUCUUAAAAUUGUGAUGGGCAAGAAUGAUUUGCAGAUAAGAUCAACUGCUUCUGACAUAUUUGCUUAUCUCGUAGAGUAUAGUCCAUCCAUGAUCCGAGAUUUUAUAAUGGAAGAAGCCCAGCAGAGUAUAGACGGUAAACUUUUCAUUAAUUUAGUAAUUGAGCAAAUGACCUCUGAUACUGAUCCUGAGCUGGCAGGUGCUGUUCAUUUAAUGGGACUCUUUCGUGCUCUACUCGAUCCUGAAAAUAUGAUGUCAACACCUAGUAAAUGUGAAAAAAGUAAGUUUCUAAAUUUCUUCUAUAAGCAUUGUAUACAUAACUUCAUAGCACCACUUUUUGCUACCACUUCAGAAAAUAUAUGUGAAGGGGAUAAUGUAGUUGGAUUUGACAAAAACAACACAAAUUGCCCUGGUGCUCUCCGCUUUAUGAGAAGCAUGAUUGGCCUUCAAGAUGAACUUUAUAAUUGUUACAUCAUCAACGGAAAUCUUUUUGAGCCAGUUGUAAAUGCUCUUCUGGAAAAUGGGAGUCGGUACAAUAUGUUGAAUUCAGCUAUUAUUGAGCUCUUUGAAUACAUAAGAGUGGAAAAUAUAAAGUCUCUUAUUAUACAUAUAGUUGAGAAGUUUUAUAAAGUACUUGAAUCAAUUGAAUAUGUUCAGACCUUCAAAGGAUUGAAGACUAAAUACGACCAAGAAAAAGACCAACAAAAUCAAAUACGGAAGAAUUUACAUGCUAUACUGUGUAGUAAAAUAAUUUGCAGUGACAUCAGUGUCUCAGAGAAGAAGGAAGAAAUGUGUAUUAAACAAGAUUCAGGGGAAGAAGAACCAGUUAUGCCACCAUUGGAAGAUGAUUUUCCAGAUUUUUAUGAUAAAUUCAUCAAGCCUGAAAACCCAAAAGAAAAUGAAGGCAAGGAAGAUCUCCCUAAAAGAACAUCUUCUGGGAGCUGCAAAGUCCCUUCAUCCCACUCUGCUGGUGGUGCUGAUGAAAUGAGCAGCCUCAACAGUAGCAGCACUGUUGCCUUAAAGGAUCCAGAUGAUGAAGAGAAAGAUGAAGAAGAUGAAACACCACCCAAGAAGAAACCGCAUCUUAGCUCGUAA